AUGAUAUGUCAAACUGGUAUUUGUCUGAAAGAAGAAGCAGACAUUGCAAUCGCUAUGAUGGAAGAGCAAUUGCAUUCAAAUACAAAGUUAAUUCAAUCCUUAAACAAAGAUAUUGAAGCCCAAACUUCCAUCAUUGAUAGCAUAGAAAAUGCUAUUGUGUCCAUGAAAAUUCAUGAAGAAAGAUUAAAAUCAGCUUUUAAUGCCACAUCAGAACAGAAUACAAUUCUUCAGAAGGAGCUUUCUAAAACAAAGCUAAAAAAUGGUACGCUUGACGGAAAGUUACACAAUAUGAAAAAACAAAACCAGUGUUUAGAAAGAUUAAAAAGCGAAGAGCGUACUAAGAAAAAUAACCAACAACUACUUCUAAUGAAGGAAAACGAGAAAGCGGCUUUCGAAGCAAACACAAUCACGUUUGCAAAAUUAAUGACGGAACAAGCUGUGAAAAUAUCUCUUUCACAGUUACAAGAAGAGCAGAAGAUUUGUCAGAAAGAAAACCAAAUUGCGAAUUUAUCUAAAGAGAUCGAUAUUAAACAAAACGAAAACGAAGCAAUUCGAAAGCAACAUUUAGAGUUGGAAGAAAAAUUUCAUUCUGCUGAUGCCUCUGUGAAAGAGUUAAUUGAAGAUCUUAUUGGAAAUGCUGAGGAAAAAUCUUCUUCUUGUUUAUACCAACCAAGAAUCAAACGAGUAACAGUCACAUUUUGUCUGCGUUGGAUCCUGUACAAGAUGAAUAGAGAGUUCUCAGAUCUUGCCUGA